AUGUCUCUCGAAAGUCCGGUUCAGCCGGGAUCGCCUCCACUCCCCAAAGCCGACGCACUCACCAGAUCCGAAGAGUCCUCGCUCCGCGCCGACUCGCUGCUGUCCAAUUCGGAGACCUCGACUUUUCACGCAUUUCUCGACAAGAUGGACUACGAGCACGGAUUCGUCGGCCGGGAGUGGGCCAUGUAUGCGCAGACCCAGCAGGAGGAGCAGUACCACGAUCGAAACGCGCUUGCGAAGGCGACCAAGGACCUCAUGGCCCUGGACGCCCCGAACUUUGCAGAGGGACACUCCCAGCAGUCGCACUACUACCAGCCGCCCCCGCAAGCUCCGCAGUACGCGCACAGUCCACAUCUCGAGUACGGGCCAUCGGGGCACGGACUCGGCGGCCACCAGCGCCAGCCGGUCUUCCCCUUCUUGCAGCAGCAGCAGCAACAUUCACAAAACCGGAUGUCACAUCAGCCGCAUCCGCUGAAUAUGAGUCUCGGCCACCAUCCCCACGCACAUCCCUCGCAGCACACACCAUACACCGCCACGCCGUCGAGCACGUCGGCGUCGACCUCCGCCGCGAGCUACUCCUUUCCCCCCUCCCCGUGUCAUCCAUCUCCCAAAAUCACGUCAAACCCGUCAACCGCGCAUCUCUCGGCACAUGCCCAUGCGCACCACGCGGGCCCGGGGUCGGACCCGGGCGCGCCGUCCGUGGGGGCCAAGCAGCAGCAGCAGCAGCAGCAGCCGCGCGCGCGCGCCCCCGCGCCUGCGGCGAAGCCGACGCUGCUGUCGCCGUCGCAGAAGAAGGCGAACCACAUCCAGAGCGAGCAGAAGCGGCGCGCGAACAUCCGGCGCGGGUACGAGUCGCUGUGCGAGGUCGUGCCGGCGCUGCGCGAUGCGAUCCGCGAGGAGGAGAUGCUGGUGGGGUCCGGCGCCGCGGGGGGCGCGAAGGGGCGUCGGAAGCGCGGCGGCAAAGCGGAUGAGGCUGACAAGCUCGAUGGACGGGCCGGGCCGCGCUCAGAGAACGUCGUGCUAUCGAAAACGAUCGACCACCUGGAGGCUCUGUUGGCGGAGCGCACGGCGCUGGUGAGUCGAUUAGAGCGUGCGCGGCUCGCUCUUCCGCCGGGACACCCAGCCCUGGUGCCCACGCCCGGAGCACUGACCGACGUCAACGGGGUGCCAACACCCUUAUGGGAACGCGAAUGGAAGGGCGGUGCACCCGAAAACGAUGGGGACGAGGAGGAGGACGAGGAGGUCGACGACGACUCGUGAGGGAGGCCCUCCUGUGUUGUGUAACUGCUGCUCUGUUGACAAGCUAAACCAUUGUAUUCUCCGGGCCCGGUUCUCUCUCCUGUAGCCUAAUUGACGUACCGCAAACCCAUUGUAAUAGGAUUACUGACGUGUAAAUAAUCACGAAGACGGCCAUGCGGGCGAUCUUUC